UCCAAGCAGUAUAAUGUGUAUUUAGAACACACUAUUGCAUGCAUUAUAAAUCAAACAGGUGAGCCUAGAACUAAAGUAUUAUCUCUUUCUCAUAAGGACUUUUGUGAAAAGGAAACGUUUGUUACAAAUAGAAAUGAAAAAUUCUACUUUCUAUACUCGGGAGACCGCUGCCUUGUAUUAAGGCAUCCACAGUAUGAAACGCUUCAGCUGUACGCUGAUCAUGCUAGAAGGAACCUGGUUCAAGACAUCAAAAAGAAAUUAGGUGACGAGUACAAGGAACCAGAUGCACUAUUUCUAGCAAAUGACGGUCAGCCCAUUCUUAAGAAGAGAAAGGUAAGAAAACGUCGAUCAGUUAAAGGAACGGCUAUCCGAAAAGAGACCAUAUCUUUCACAGCACGUGAUGAGGAGGAACACCACUCUUCAAGCUCUACUGAGAGCACUGCGAGAAAUGGAGACGUUUGUGAGGACACAACAAAUCGUAUACAUAAACACGAAGGAUAUGGCAGGGCCUCAUUUGAUAACAUGGAAAGAAACGAUAGCAAAGAUGCCGUAACUUCUAGUAUUUCCUUGGGAGGGAAUGUUCUUGUGCAUACUUCAUCGACUAUUAAGAAUGAAUCGGAGGAAUUUAAUCAGAUGGUAGCUCACAAAGAAGUAUGUCAUGCUACUGAUAGCAGAAACGGUGAAGAGGAAUCCACGUUUGCGAAAACGGACACGAAACUUUUAAAUGAAGUUUUCGUCCGGAAAUAUGAAGGAGUAAAGCCUAAUGAAGAUUUGCAAGAAAAGAAUUUUCAGAUAAAUCAGUGCGAAACCAUCCCAGUUAGUAUAGGCAAACUUGAUGACAAACGCUCAAAAUACGGGACGGAUCAAGAAAUGAUUGACGAAAACAUUUCAGAUGUAACAAACAGCGAUUACUUUGGAACAACCAAAGAAAACUAUUCAAAGACUGACGAACGUUCUUCCACUGGGAACAACAAAACUCACAUUACAAGGACUGGUAGCGGUAUUUUACCUAGUGAGACCAAAGUCGACAUUGCCUCGGAAAUGACCAAAGAAAGCAUCACCUCCUGUGAAACAGCAUCGGUGGCAGCUCAAACCUCAUCAGAUAGACUAGACGAUGCAUUAGUCUAUGGUUGUAUUUCUGCCAUUCUUCACGGUAAAAUCGGAGAGAAAGUUAGUGGCACUGACUUGGCCUUGGAACUUGACUAAACAUUUGAUUUUCUGGGCAAACAUAGAAAUAAUCUGAUUUAGAAAAAAAACAUCCAGUCAAAUCAAUACCUGAUCCGCCCCGUAAGCGAUUCCGAGCGAUUUCAAAGUUGAUUUAAUUUUGCGUACAUUGAGAACAUGCGAUUAAAACAGCACUCUUAAUAUCAUUGAUUAUUCAUGAUUGUAAGUUAAUUUUAAAAUUAACUUACAAUGAUGAAUAAUCAAUGAUAUUAGUACAUCCCAGACGGCUUAUCUCUGUCGUUAAAUCUCGAAUAAUAAUCUAAGGGUAAAAAUUAUCAGCACUACUUGUCUUAUAUGAUAUUCCUUUCUAUGUCAGAGACCGCUAAUUCAGUACAGGGAACUAAGGUAAAUGUAUACUUGGGAAUACUAUAAGACUUAGUCGUCCUGGUUUUGUGAGGUAAAGAAAAUAUAUAUUAAAGUACGAUGGUGACAUUCUUUUUUACGACAGUUUUUAUUGUUUAUAAAUAGCAAACAUUAAUUAGGUAGGAGGCUUAUUCCAGCAGUCAAAUCUGCCAUUAGUUUUCACGAUCUGUCAAAUUUAUUUUCCAUUUCUCUUUUCGUCUAAUGCAUUGUUUGUAAGUAUCUUGGUAAGACAUUGUAGUUUAUAACAUUACGAUGGAUUCCAUAUCACUAUAGUUGUAUUUGAAAUUGUUUUAUUGAGCUAACUGAAGUCACGUAAGAAAAUCUAUUUGUCCGGAAGUUGACAAGCUCUCAACAGCCAAUAAAACGUUGUUUGAAAGAUAAGUUAUUUUUUAGACCGGGCAACUCACUUUGUAUGGUAUCUCUCAACUGGAUGGUAUCAUUUGAAAAUGGCCAAUGAAAUGCUUGUGUUUUCAGGCUCCGUAUAAAUUGCAGGUACACCCGUACGUUUUUGAUGAAUGCAGUUCUUAAUUUCAUCCGUGUACGGUGUUCCGCUAGAGCCAUCACCUACUCCUUUUGAAUGCGAAGCAUGAAAGAACUACGUACGGUGUCAGUAACACGACAGUACAAUGGCGGAGCGCUAAAGUACGAUGGUGACAUUCUUUUUUACGACAGUUUUUAUUGUUUAAGUUUAUUGUUGUUAAAAACGGCACAAAAAACUCGACCUAAAGGCAAAAAAUGGUUCCAUUCUGGUGGAUAAAGAAAUACGUAGGCUGAAUCAUAUAACGUUAUAUUUUUUGCAAUCAAGUGCAUUUAUUUAUUAUUUAUUUAUUUUUUUGUCAUUUGCCAGAAAUUCAAUACGUGGUUUCGCCUUAAGUAAUCAAAGUUUUGCAUACCUAAGUUGAAAAUAUUAAUCACUAGAUCUACUAAAUCCGUUUCCAAUCGAGUGUCCUGAUACUAGAAAAUGUUCCACCUUUGAGAUUGGAACUGAAAUACAAUUGUUGUAUGUAUAAACCGAUGGUAACACACUUGGCAUAUAAAUAUGCAGCAAUGAGCAGACAGUCACAUUAACGUUAGCCUGGGAAGCCGUUGAUAAUAUGUGUGCUUUGUCAAAAGAAAUCACAUCUAAUAUCUAUGCAUUAAAGAUCCCACUUAAUUUGCGCUAAUAGGUGUUAAUUGGCAUGCAUCGCGUUUCUGAUAUUAUCAAUUUGCAGGUAGAAAAAAAGUUAGAAAUUGUCAAACGUCAACAUUUUCCUGCUUCAAUCAUUAUUCAUAUUCACAAAUGCUCCAAAAGUAUCUGCUACACUGGAUAUCAUUCCAGUCAAAAUUUCCUAACUGAAGAUGUAUACAGUAUUCAUUUCCCCCGGAAUUAUCUGGUUGAUUUGGGUUCCAGCCUAAGUAGCCUGCAGAUACAGAGGAAUCAUCUGUCCAGUAAAAGUUACCUUUGGAUGGCACGUAUUCACCUCCUAUCCACGGAAACGCGUAUGCAUUUUCUGUAAGAAAGAAAAAUGUUUCAUUGUCUUUAAAGGUGGUCAAUCAUACUUAAGCAACAUUUUGUGACAUUUUUUCAUUUUUAGUAUAUUAUGUUAGAUUUUUAUUUAAGGUACAAAAGGACCCAUUUUAUAUUUUAUAUUUGCAUUUGAUAGAUAUUGUGAUAUUUCAACAAUCUGAAACAACAGGCAAGUUUUAAAACAGUAUGUGGCUUCGAUAUUAAUAUAUUCAAAGAUAUAUCCUGGUUGCACAACAAAGAUAGGUAAAAAAGGAGGUGAUAAUAGUUACUGCAGUAUAUAAACUUGCAUUUCUUAUAAAUUUCGACGAAAUAUAUAUUUGACCAUGUAAAUUUUUAACAAAUAUAAUGCAAUAGUUUUUAUAUUCAUAUGAUUUCUUAGGCAAGGUAUGUUUAUAAAAUAUAUACAUAUGCUGAAAUAACUCUAUCUUGGUUGAGCAACCGGGACAGGAAAAUCAAAUUUCAAAAAUACCUCCAUGAAUUAAGCAGUCAGUGAACACAAAUAAGUGUAAAUGAUAUCAGUACAAAACGACUUCAUCCGAGUUAUUGGUCAGAUAUUAUUUUCAAUCUAAAUGCGCUGCGAUUUACUUAUAAUAUUACCUUUGCUUCCUGUCUUGUCAUUGGUACCUUCACCAACUCAAAAUAACUUUCACCUGAAACGCAAUAUGAAUUACUUUUACACUUACGCGUCAGAAUAUUUUACACAAGUAUUAAUACUGCUAUAUUAAAAUGACGGUUCGCAAAUUCUGAUAUAAAACAUGAAAUAACAGAUUUCACAAGAAAUAGCAACAAAAGGAGGUCGCCAAUUCAACAGAUUUUCAUGUUGGAAGGUAUAAAUUGCGACUCUAGUGCCCUAUAUUUGUCGUCCUGACGUGUUGUCGAUUUCUUCGCCCCACCAAUACAGGAAGUGUCAUUCUUUUGUGCUUUCGGGUUGAUGGGGACGGCAAACUGAAAGGGCCAUCACGAAAACUCUACAAAACUUACUGGUUUAUAUGUUGUUAUUUCAUGUUAAACCUGACAGCCUCUCCUAUUGUGUCUUCGAAAUUUUCUGUAUUGCCCAGUUUUCCGGUAGGCAUGUGCACACUUAUUUUGUCCCCUUUUACCAUUUAUCAAUUUGCAUGAAACGUCGUCCCGAAAGGCAAUAAUUUAAUUCCUGUUCUGAUAUAGAAGGAUAUUGCCUUCUGCAGACCCUCUUCGUAAUGAUCUUCUGUCCAUGAUCUCAAAUAUACCUAUGUGUAAUUGUUGUGCGGAUAUUUACCAGAUGACGUCAUCACAGCAACUCAACAAAUACAGAUGAAUCUAUCGUUUGCCGCGACAUUUUCCUAAAGGACAAUACGAAAACUCAGCAACUAUAUCAAUCGAAUCGGUGAUCUUUAUUUGUGGUAUUGCCCUGUCUUCGCCCCAUCAAAACGGCAACAGGACAACUAAACAAAUACGAAAUGUGUCAUUCUGCCGUGCUGUCGAGCUAUCUUGGAAGAACGCACAACAUUAUGAAAAAUAAAGGGUGCAGGUUCAAGAUGAUCAUGCUCACCAACACGAAAUCGAAACAAAUAACUUAAUUUGUCAUUAUUGUGUGCGAAAUCUGCUAAAUUGUCGUGUUGGCGGGCAAAAAAGUUGAAUUAUCGAGUUGUCGUAUUAUCAUUUCUUCGAAGUUUUUACAUGGAAGAAAUCAGACACCUAGCUAUGCUUACAGUAACAUUAGCGUUAGAUUAACUUGCAUGAAAAUAGCUUCUCCCAAGUUGAAUCCGACAUAGACAUAAAUUGGUUACUCAAUGGUUACUAUAGUAUAAACCUGAAAACCUUUUGUUUUCUUAUCUCAAAGCAAAACAAACUUACCUGCGUAAUAAACUAAGUAGUUCGACGGUGCAGCGGCGGGUGUCCAAAAUUCUUGCGCGUGAAAGUCACAGUCUUUGUUUGUUGUAUUGUAAGUAACAAUUUUACAGGCAUUUUCCGCAGAACACAAGUAGCAACACUGAGUCACAUCCGGAGCACGUGUUGUAUUUAAAGAGUCUGAGG